CGGCCCCGCCCCUUCCGGUCCUCGAAGACCUGACCGCUACUCCUACCCCAAUUCUCAGAAGUUGAGCCCCAGAAGAGCUAGUGAAAAUCAUGUCUUUGCCUUAAUUUUUCAAGUUCCUCUCUGAACUUCAAGGACCUUUUCCUUGGGGGUACCGAAGAGGGAGGGCAGAACGCCGCUCUGCUCUUGUCGUUUCUUUGGAUGCCGGCGCUGCUACCUGUGACCUCCCGCCUUCUAUUGCUACCCCGAGCACUGCUGUCCAUGGCCUCAGGAAGCCCUCCAUCCCAGCCCUCACCGGCCUCGGGCUCCGGCUAUGUACCUGGUUCGGUGUCUGCUGCCUUUGUCACCUGCCCCAAUGAGAAGGUCGCUAAGGAGAUUGCAAGGGCUGUGGUGGAGAAGCGCCUGGCAGCCUGCGUCAACCUCAUUCCUCAGAUAACAUCCAUUUAUGAGUGGAAAGGAAAGAUUGAGGAAGACAGUGAGGUGCUGAUGAUGAUUAAAACCCAGAGUUCCUUGGUUCCGGCAUUGACAGAUUUUGUUCGUUCUGUGCACCCUUAUGAAGUGGCUGAGGUGAUCGCAUUACCUGUGGAGCAGGGAAACUCCCCCUACCUGCAUUGGGUGCGCCAGGUUACAGAGUCAGUUUCUGACUCCAGCACAGUCCUGCCAUGAUGAGCCCUGCACCUGCCUAGUCCGUGCCCACUGACUCCCAGGUGAUGGCUUCUAAUAAAUGCUAUCUCUGCUCCUCUCGCCUUUCGCCUUUUUCAUUGUCACGUCUGUGAAUUGGUUGGGAAGAUUAGACUGCUUCCAGUCCCCGUGUCUUCAUCUUUCACAAUAAACUCAGAGCUACUACAUUU